AUGGCAACGCUCACCGCCCGCAUCAGCCUCAAAGGCGACGAGCCCGACGGCCCGGAAGACUACCUCUCCACAUCCCUCGGCGUCAUCUUCCCCGACGACAUCGUCAACCAGCACGGCGAUGCAGAACACUCCCUCCUCUACGCCUCGCCAAAGCUCCCCAAGACACUUCUCAUAGAACUCGCUGACCCAGAGGGCGAGACCGACAGGCGUCUGUUUAGUCAUUACUUGUGGAACGCAUCGUUGCUGCUGGCAGAGCUCAUCGAGAGGGACUCCUUGGACGAGGAGGAGGAGGAGAAGCAGGAUAGGGGUCUCGGGGGAGACAUUAGUUUUGACACGAGAGGUUUGAACACGCUCGAGCUGGGGGCCGGCACGGCGCUGCCAAGCAUCAUGGCCGGCCUGCUCGGCGCCGCGGGCGUCGUCGUGACGGACUAUCCCGCCCCGGCCGUCAUGAAGACGCUCCGCGAAAACGUCGCCCGCAACAUCAAGCCCGAUCUCGCUCCCGUAGGCAAAUCUUCCCUCGUCACAACCUCCAUCCUCGUCGAGGGCCACGAAUGGGGCGUCUUUGACUCCUCCUCAGCGUUCCCUUCCUCUCACGCUCAUCUUUCAGAUCGGCUCUUCGUCGCAGACUGUCUCUGGAUGCCCUGGCAGCACGAGAACCUCCGCCGGUCCAUCGGGUACUUCCUCAAGAAGACGGCAGAGGCACGAGCAUGGGUCGUUGCGGGCUUUCACACGGGGAGGGCCAAAAUGGCGCCCUUUUUUGAUGCGAAGGCGCUGCGCGAGGAGGGUGGCGUGGAGGUGGAGAGGAUGUGGGAGAGGGAUUGCGAUGGCGUGGAGAGGGAGUGGGAUAGCGAGCGUGAAGAUGACAUUACGGAGAGGAAGAGGUGGCUUGUGGUUUGCGUGUUGAAGAGGUGCGAGGGGAUGGUGGAUGCGUGA